AUGGCUGGAGUGGUCAGGAGCAGCCUCGGCAAGGAUCUGCAGCAGCCCGGAACUGGUCAUGGCCGCUUUGACCAUGGCCGCGUAGCUGCUGCUGCGAGGGUGGACUUUGUGGCUCUUCCAGGCAGUAAGUGGCGUUUUUGUCGGCGCCGCUGUGCAGUGGACGCUACCUUGGCGCUUGGCGCAGCGCAGCUGGCCGGUCAAACCGCCGCGUGCUGCUUGGUGGUGUCCACGACACAUCCCAGCCCGUCAAUGUUGAAACAUCAACAGCUUCAGCAGCAGCAUUAUCAGCAGCAACGGCAGCACCAGCGCCCUAUGGUGUGGCGAUCGCGCGACGCGAGCAAAUUUAAGCGAGGCGCGCAUCGGUCACAGGUGCCCGUUAUCCUCAAGUACGGCAAGCAUUGCAACUUUGGCGAGGCGUACGCAGUGGUGGGCUCGGUUUCGGAGCUGGGCUCCUGGGACCCCGCAAGGGCCGUCAAGAUGCGCUGGACACCGGGCGACGUGUGGGUGGCCCACGUGCAGCUUCCCGUAGAUACGGAAGUGCAGUACAAGUACGUACGGAUCAACAAGGACGGCGCGUUGGUGGCGUGGGAGGGUGCUGAUGCAGGCAACGGCGGCUGUGCGGACGCCAUGGGCAACCUGAACCUUCAUGUACGACCCGGUCACCGAGUCAUUUGGGGGCAUGGAGUCGAGGUGUACGACGACUUGCCGCCGGGUGGCGGCGGCGUUAGUAUCGGCGGCGGCGGCGCCAGCGUAGCUGACGUCAGCGGUACGACGACGACAGCCGGCGGAAGCAGCCCCGCCUCCGGCACCGGUUCUGGUCCCGGAUUUACCAACGCAACAGGCUACGGCUUCGAAACCGGCGCUGGCGGCACGUCCUACCCGUCCUUUACACCAGCGCCGCCAGGCGGGGGAAGUACGACAAUAGGUGGCGCCGCCAACGCUAACGCCAACGCCCCCGCUGCCAGCCAUGACCGGCAUGUGGCGCCCGCUGCUAAUGAUUAUAACGUGGUAAACCCCACCGCCUCUACCCCGGUAACAACGGGCAGCAGCGGCUUUGACUUCGCUGCCGUACCGCAUAUCACGAGCACCGACCUGGCGGCGACGCUGAUCGCGGCAGGGCCGGCGGCGGGGGCGGUAUCGGCGGCGGCGCUGGGGCUGCCAACGGAUGAGGGCGGCAGCAUUCCGAUCGUGACGCCGGUGGCGCCGCCGGCGGCGGCGCACGGCGGCAGCGGCAGCGGCGUCGACACGAUGACGACGACGGCGGGGGCGGUUCCGCCACCGACGGUGACGACGUCCGGUGCGCCCGUUGAGCAGCAGCCCGAUAUCGGCUCCUUCACAUCGGGUCCCAGCGCAACCGCCGUUGACACAGCAGCUAGCACUGCCGUACCAACCGAGAACGGCCCCGGCAACAACGGCACUGGAGAAAGCAACGUCGGAGGUACUAGUUUUGGCGGCGGCGGCAGCGGCGGCGGGAGCCGCCGCCGUGGCCCCAGCUUUUUCCGCAAACGAGACUUGUUGCUCGAAAUUUCCUUCCUCCCUCCACAAGUCAUGUUCAAAAACCGCCAACACACGGCACAUCAAGAAGCCUGCCCGCUAUCUCUCAAGGGUCUUACAAAGCACGUAUUGCUUUACUAUCUGUGUUCACAACCGAAAGCUGUCAGCCAGGGUCCCGUCCCCAUCCCUUGA